GCUCAGCGCGGCGCUCGGGGAUCAGCUGGCGGGCGGGCGCCGAAGCGGCCCCGGCUCUGCGGCAGCGCCGCCUCCUCCGCGUCGCAGGCCGGCGGCCGUGGCCAUGUCGCGGGGCUGGUAGCUGGGCUCACCGCCGAGCCGCCGCUAGUUUAAACUUAAACGAUCGCUCUCGGAGGAGGAGGGGACCCGCCGCGCGAUUGACAGUAUUUUCCUGCAGGCGCCGUCCCUCCGCUCCCACCCCGCGGCCGGAUUCCCGUGGCUCUGCUCCGGGCUGAAACCCGAGAAGAAAUCCUUAAAUCUCUUUCUUUACCACAAAUACGAAUCGAGAAAUCAUCGGCGUUUUGCCUUGGCGUUUCCUAUUGGAAAGAUGAAGAAGUUUUUCGACUCCAGGCGGGAGCAGGGCAGCUCUGGCCUGGGUUCAGGCUCCAGCGGAGGAGGGGGCAGCAGCUCAGGCCUGGGCAGCGGCUACAUCGGAAGGGUCUUCGGCAUCGGGAGGCAGCAGGUCACCGUGGACGAGGUGCUGGCGGAAGGUGGAUUCGCUCUCGUCUUUCUGGUGAGAACAAGCAAUGGGGUGAAGUGUGCCUUGAAGCGUAUGUUUGUCAACAAUGAGCAUGACCUCCAGGUGUGCAAGAGGGAGAUCCAGAUCAUGAGGGACCUAUCAGGGCACAAGAACAUUGUGGGCUACAUUGACUCUAGUAUCAACAAUGUGAGCAGUGGUGACGUAUGGGAAGUUCUCAUUCUCAUGGACUUCUGCAGAGGAGGCCAGGUAGUAAACCUGAUGAACCAGCGUCUCCAGACAGGCUUUACAGAGAAUGAAGUUCUGCAGAUAUUCUGUGACACCUGCGAGGCUGUUGCCCGCCUGCAUCAGUGCAAAACUCCUAUUAUCCACCGGGACCUGAAGGUUGAAAAUAUCCUCUUGCAUGACCGAGGCCACUAUGUCUUGUGUGACUUUGGAAGUGCCACCAACAAAUUCCAGAAUCCACAGGCCGAGGGAGUCAAUGCAGUAGAAGAUGAAAUUAAGAAAUACACAACGUUGUCCUAUCGAGCCCCAGAAAUGGUCAACUUGUACAGUGGCAAAAUCAUCACUACGAAGGCAGACAUUUGGGCUCUUGGCUGUUUGUUGUAUAAAUUAUGCUACUUCACUUUGCCAUUUGGGGAGAGCCAGGUGGCAAUCUGUGACGGAAGCUUCACAGUCCCCGACAACUCCCGGUAUUCACAAGACAUGCACUGCCUUAUCAGAUAUAUGUUGGAACCAGACCCUGACAAAAGGCCAGAUAUUUACCAGGUUUCUUACUUCUCAUUUAAACUACUCAAGAAAGAGUGCCCAGUUCCAAAUGUACAGAACUCUCCCAUUCCUGCAAAACUUCCUGAACCAGUGAAAGCCAGUGAGGCAGCUGUGAAAAAGACACAGCCAAAGGCCAGACUGACAGAUCCCAUUCCCACCACAGAGACUUCCAUUGCACCCCGCCAGAGGCCUAAGGCUGGGCAGACUCAGCCAAACCCAGGAAUCCUUCCCAUUCAGCCAGCCCUGACUCCUCGUAAGAGGGCUACUGUUCAGCCCCUACCUCAGUCUACAGGACCCAGCAAUCAGCCUGGCCUUCUAGCCAGUGUUCCCCAACCUAAAACCCAAGCCACACCCAGUCAACCUCUUCAGUCAUCUCAGACCAAGCAGCCACAAGCUCCACCCACCCCACAGCAGACACCUUCUACCCAGACCCAAGGUCUGCCCACCCAGGCCCAGGCUACACCCCAGCACCAGCAACAGCUCCUUCUCAAGCAGCAGCAGCCACAGCAGACAGCACCACAGCAGACAGCACCACAGCAGACAUCAGGCACCUUUUACCAGCAGCAGCAGCAGCAGGCACAGCAGCCGCAGCCGCAGCAGCAGCAGCAGCCACAACAGCAGCAGGCUCAGACUCAGACUCAACAGUUUCAGGCAAUACAUCCAACAGCCCAGCAGCCAGUUACUGCACAGUUCUCUGUGGUGUCCCAGGGAGGCUCUCAGCAACAGCUGAUUCAGAACUUCUAUCAGCAGCAGCAGCAGCAGCAGCAGCAGCAGCAACAGCAGCAACAGCAGCAACAGCUGAUGACUCAGCAGACUGUCCUGCAGCAGAAGACUGCUGUGGUAGUACCACAGCCUCAGGCACAGCCGGCCGCAGCCCCACAGCCAGCUGCUGCCCAGGAGCCUGCGCAGAUUCAAGCCCCAUCAAGACAACAGCCAAAGGUUCAGACAACCCCACCCCCAACUAUCCAAGGACAGAAAGUUGGAUCUCUUACUCCUCCAUCAUCUCCCAAAACCCAACGUGGUGGGCACAGGCGGAUUCUCAGUGAUGUAACCCACAGUGCAGUCUUUGGGGUUCCUGCCAGCAAAUCAACCCAGCUGCUCCAGGCAGCUGCAGCUGAGGCCAGUCUCAAUAAAUCGAAGUCUGCAACCACCACUCCCUCAGGCUCUCCACGGACCUCACAACAGAAUGUCUCUAAUGCUUCAGAAGGCUCCACAUGGAAUCCUUUUGAUGAUGACAACUUCUCCAAACUCACAGCUGAAGAGCUGCUGAACAAGGACUUCGCCAAGCUGGGGGAAGGAAAGGUUCCUGAGAAGCUGGGUGGCUCUGCAGAGAGCUUGAUUACGGGCUUCCAGCCAACGCAAGGAGAUGCCUUUGCCACCUCCUCGUUUUCUGUUGGAACUGCUGAGAAAAGGAAGGGUGGGCAGGCUGUGGACUCUGGCAUCCCACUCCUAAGCGUGUCUGAUCCUUUCAUUCCUCUUCAAGUACCUGAUGCUCCAGAAAAACUAAUCGAGGGACUCAAAUCUCCUGAUACUUCUCUUCUGCUCCCUGACCUCUUGCCUAUGACAGAUCCUUUCGGCAGCACUUCCGAUGCUGUGAUUGAAAAGGCUGAUGUUGCUGUUGACAGUCUCAUACCUGGACUGGAGCCUCCUGUUGCCCAGCGCCUCCCAUCUCAGACGGAGUCUGUGACCUCGAACCGCACAGGUCUCCAGGGAGAGCCCAGUCCUUGUCCUGUAAUUACUGUAGAGCACUUUAAAGAAUCCGUGGGUGCCAAGGGCCUCACCCUCUAUCCAGAUCCAUGCAGAGCUCCUGGCACAAAGACUCAAAACACUUUAGAGUCUGACUGUCUGGCCCGAGAGGGCCCUUCCAGCAACAGCUCUUUCCACAGCAGCGAGGAGGAAGGGACCGACCUGGAGGGAGACGUGUUGGACUGCAGCGGCUCUCGGCCUCUCCUUCUAGAGUCUGAGGAGGAAGACGAGAGCUGCAGGCCUCUCCAGGGCAAGCCGGGCCACGCCGCUCUGUUCUCCGAGCCUGGAGUGCCUGCUGGGCCAGAAAAAAGGGGACAAGACAGGAAAAAGAGCCAGUUCUUGCCAAUCAACCAGCAGGCCUCAGAUGGCCUCGGGGAGCCUGAUGUCUUUGCCACCGCCCCCUUCAGGAGCUCGCUGGUUCCAGCAGAUGACAUGGACAUUUUCUCCAAAGCCCCUUUUGUGUCCAAGGGCAGUGUAGCUCCUUCCCAGACAGAGGAGGUGGACGUGUUUGCCAGAGCUCCUUUUACCAAGAAGAGGAGUGUGGAGGAGUUCCUGGCUGUGCAGGGCUCCUCACAGGAUUUGCCAGUGCAGGCCAGCCUCAGUCAGCCCAGUGAAGGGGCCCUGCUUCCAGGCCACGAUAGAGCCAUGUACACCUCUGCCCAGGCUCAGUAUCCUGUGACUGGCUUUGCACAGCAGACCAGUCUUCCCUCUCACUCUGUCCAGGUGGCAGACCACUUUGAGAGCAGUUCUCCGAGAGGAUCUGCCAUGGAAUCUGGGGGCUAUCCUAAUGACAGAAACAGAGGACUGCAGCCUCAGAAAGAAGCCUUCUCAGGGCCGGUGGCUGGCAAGCCAUUCCGCCCCCAGGCUUUAUCCAAAUAUUCCCGACACUAUAGCCCAGAAGAUGAGCCAAGUCCAGAAGCCCAGCCCAUCGCUGCCUACAAGAUUGUUUCACAAAGCAAUAAGCAGGCACUGGCUGGCUCUGUCUCCAUCACAGCCCUGUCCUCCAGGACCACAGACUUGCCAGCUGCUGAUCCUUUUGCGUUAGCACCCUUCCCUUCAAAAGCAGGCAAACAGAAACCCUAGGAGCAGAGGCUGGCCUGAGGCUCGCCUCCAGCCACCUACCAGCACCCAUCACACCACUCCUGGCUGGCCCUUCAGGGAGCAGAUAGCACCCACUGUGGUCUAGAUGUCCCCUGCCACAGAGCAGAAUCACUUCACAGCACUCGCCACAUUGCUGUGAGACCCAGCACGAGCUCCUUACAUGACACGUACUGCAUUUGUUUAUAUUCAUUUCCAGAGUUGUAGGCAUUUGUGUCUCCUUCACAGGGGCCUUCCACCCUUACUCAGAACUCAAGUUCCUUUCUGCCCAGAAGCCGUUUUAAUCCAGGAAUAUUUUAGCCCAGUUAACAGAAGCUGUAUUACACUGCGACUUUGAAUUCCUACAGCUCCUGUUGGGUGUCAGUUGCAUUGAAGAAUCAAGAUUGAUCCCUCCAGGACUCGAAAAUACUCUUGGAACUAAGAGAGUUCUAGAAAAAAAAUAAUAGCAAUAUAAACACUGCACAUCUGGAGAAGCCAAUCCUUAAGCCACUCAUCACUCAUUCCUGUGGAGCCAGCAGCUCUCAAAGUAUUCUGGGAUCUGUCACUGAGUCUGUAUGAGCCAAGCUGGCCCUUGUGCACAGGUGUCUGGGUGCACAGUGUGGGUCAGAUCCUCCGUCACGUGAAAGAGCACACAGGUGGGAGACGCGCACUCUGCCUCCCACAGUCCACUUUUUAGACUGUGUGGAUGUGUGCGUGUACAUGCGUACAAGAAAGCGUUUUCCUUUGACUGAAGCCACCACGCCUACCUCCAUUAUCAAAUCACUCAUCCUGCGUUUGCCUGUUGACCUGACUUGAACCUUGGCUUUAUUUAGAGUUUUUUUUCUCAUGGUAAAAUUGAAGUUGUUGGACAGUUCGGGCAAUCCUGCUGGAGCUGAGGUUUCAGAAUGAAUUUUUAAAAUUCCAUUUUCCUGAUAGUUCAUGCUUAUAAUCCUAGCACUUGGGAAGAUGAGGCAGGAGGAUUGCCAUAAAUUAGAGGCUAGCUGGGCUUAAUACUGAAUUUCAGGCCAUCAUAUCUCAACACCGUCUGCUCCCAGACAAAACGUUCUGAUUCCUUCUGAUUCUCCUGGCAGUAGGGGAAGAGAAUCUAUAGCUUUCCAGCCACUGGGAAUCCUGCCUGGGUACCAUUGUUACGCAGUUCACUAAUCAGGAGCCUCAACCACAAGCUAGGUUUGCCUGUUUUUUUUUUCCCCAAACCCUUCCCAUACACCUCUACUGCCUCGUACAAACCUGAAACCUAGAAGUAAAUUGAGAAUGAAAAAGAGCUAGUGAGCUGUCCUUGCAAAUCUUCAAAUAAUCCGUUCCGUUCAGAUGUUAAUGAAGAAUAGACAGGUGACAGUCUGUUUUCAGAAGUGUGUUUUUAUUUCUGGAAAUCUGUGACUCAUUGCUAGUGUUUUUCAUGCCCUUCAUUUUUAGUGCCUUAAAAUAAAACCCCUGACUCCAUAAUGGGGUUCCACUGAGGAAGAUGAGUUUAAUGGAAAGGGUCAUCAUCACUGCUUCUCCAAUAUACUUCUUCCAACAGAGCUGUUUUCCUCCACUUGCUUGGGGAAGUGUGGAGAGCUGUGUACCAAACUAGAUUAGUGAUGCAAUAAUUACGAGAAGCUAGGCAGGGUGGCACACUACUUUAAGCAGGGCAUUUGAGAGGUUUAGGAAAGAGUUCGAGGCCAGACUGGACUGCAUGACACACUGUCCCAAAAAAUAAAAGAAGAAUUACUGAAAAUUCAUCCAGGAACAAAGUCUGAAUGCCAGGCUGCACUUGCAGUCAAUUAGUUGUGAUGUCCUUGAAAUUUGAAAGUCGGGGUUUGGGUGCACACUCGGCGCAAGUGUACAUGCUUAGCAUGCACGGAGUCCCGGGUUCUGUUGUCAGCACAGAAACAGACUGAAGUCUUGACAGUAAUGUAAAAGCGGCUACUCUUGCCUGGUGUGCUGGCAGGCACCUUUAGCCCCAGAACUCGAGGCAGGGGUGGGUGGGGCUCUCUGGGUUCAGGCCAGCCGGUGAGUGAAAUCCUGUCUUAGGGGGAACAGAGCUGUUUUUUCAGUACUCUUGUUUUUGGCAUCCCCACCUUUCUAAACAGCAGGCGGGGUGCCAGUUGCCAUCUGAGGGCUCCACCCCCACCAGAAACUUGCCUUUCACCUCAGUAAAGGCUAAAUAUUUUCUCGAGGAGCUUGCUUUCUCACAGUUACUAUUCUUGAAUUUUUCUCUAUAUAGUGGGUGCAAAAUUGUCUUUCUGUUAAAUGAGUAGUUUGGCUAAUGCACAUGGAACUUUGCAACCAGACUUCCCAUGCUUGUUGUUAGGUCCUCCAAGGCACGUGCAGAAAGGAUGGGAAUGUUCAGAGAGUUCUCACCUGAUGUUUCAAGCUCUUGCCAGGUUGCAACAUAUACCUGUAGUCCCAGCUGUUAGAAGGCUGAGGCAGAAGGACAGCUUGAUCCCAGGAUCUCAGGGCAAGCCUUGGCAACACAAACAGACCCAUCUCUUGAAUAACAACUUCAGAAUGCAAGGUCAACAUCACCUCGGUGACAGCCGUGCAAGCUUUUUCUUCCUUUGAUUACUGGAUUGCUCCACCUAAUCAAACGGAUUUUAAUUUACAAGGUCCAAAUUAGAAUAAAAUCAUGGACUCUUUAUUUUAUGUAGUUGAAUCAUUGGUGAAGCAUGGGCUUUAGGACCUCUCUCCAUUCUUGCUGGAGAUCUACUGAGUGGGAAGUCUGUCUACCACCUGUAAUAGGGAAUGAAUGUGACCCCAUGCAAACUGGCUUUUUCUUAGUGAUUCCUGAAGGAAAUCUGGCAUGUGACUGGCCGUAAGGUGAGUUCUGAAGGAAGUUCUGAAGUGAGUUCUGUGGAAUAUUCUGCAUUACAGGAUCAGUGUGUAAUUUAAAGAGCAGCAAUCCUUAUAGGAUGCCAUCCGGAGUGGAAAUCUGGAGAAGUUUGUUUUACAGGGAAUUAGGAGUACUUAAAGUCUACAAGUCAGUAGCAAGUUCCCUGUGACCAUACUGUAACAAUUCUAUAAGGAAGAGGAAAACAAUUGUCAACAAAGUACUGUACUUUUUUUUGUUUUAGUUUCUGCUGUGAGUUAGUCACUUUGUAUAUUUCAUAGGAAACACCGGAAAUUUUGGACUUUUGACUCAGUAGAAAGCCAGAAUAUCCUUUUACAAAGCCUUAAGCCGUAUCAUGUACUAAUGAACUCCUAAAUGAUGUGCUAGGCUGGGAACAUAGCUCAGAGAUGGAUCCUGACAUAUGUGAGGUCCUAGGUUCAGCCUUAUCGACUGACUAAUGAGCACUGUUAACAAAGUUAACUUAUAUGUGAUGAAAACCUUUCACCAAUUUCUUAAGCUUACAAAACCAUGGAUAGAGUCAAAACAAAUGAAAUGAACAUCUGUGGCAGAGCACACCUAUGAUUCCAAUUCUUGGAAGACAAGAGGAUUGUGAAUUCAAAUCAUGGCCAGCCUAGGCAGCUUAGCAAGAUCUUAAUAUCAAAAUUUAAAGCAGGUUGGUUUUGUAGGCAGGUAUUGAGUGAAUACGUAGCGUGUGCAGCCACUGGGUUUAAACUCCAGUACUGGACGAGAGAGAGCACACAAAUCAUGUUAUAGUGAGCAAUCUAGCCACUCAAAAUGAACAGAAGUUGGUACUGAAAGCAGAUUUCAGUUCAUACAGGCUGUUUUUGGCUCAUUUGUUGCGUUGAAUACCUAUGUGCUGGCACAUGGCCCAGCAUGUCUGUGUAUGUGCGCACACGUGUGUGUCAACAGUCUCCUCCUCACUAACCAAUGUUGUGUCUCAGUUUCAUCGGGCAAUGGAGAUCUUGUAAAUGGUCAAGGAAAUGCUGUCUUACCAGCCUGUUGUACAUUUAUUAAGUGUUGGAAUAUGUGCUUGUCAGUGUUUUUAGCUACUCUUCAUUGGUGCAUAAAGUAUUAGAGUUAUCUGGUGAUAAGAAAUUCUGUAAAUGAAAAAUAAUCAAAACAUAUCAAAUUGUAUGAUAUGUAUGAUUACUUCAAAUAGGAAACUUUAAAGUGCAAAAUCAGGGACCAGGAGAUGCAGCAGCAGGAAGGGGGCAACUUCCAGGGGAGUCCAUUUGGUCCCUCAAAUGUAAAGAGAUGUUGUUCUCUGUUGUGUCUUUGGCAUUCAAACUUUAGAACACAUCCUCAUCAACUCCAAAAUGGCUGCUGGUCACAGCAUUUUCAUCAGCAUUACAAUCAUGUUGACGAAAGGUAGUUUUUAGGAGUGCAGCGGUAGAAGGCAGGAGCACCUUGACACUUUCCAUGGCCACCCUGUUUCCCAGCCUCUGGUGCUUGCCUGAAAGAGUGGACACUGGGGAGUGUGAGUGGAAUCAUGUCAUUUGAGUUCUUAGUUUUUGAACCAUAGCCUUUGUCAAUAUUUGUUUCGUUCUAACCAGAACACUUGAAAGCUUAAUUAAAAAAAAAAAAAAAAAAAAAGAAACUUCAUUAGAGAAAAGGUUUAGAAAUGUUUAAAAAUAAAAAGUAGUGCCUAGUUAUAAAUUGUUUCUAUUUUGUCCCUGGAGAUCUUUGUGCCCCCAUGUCCCCAUUCCUACUCUUCCUUAAUUUCCUCCUUCUACAUUGUCCAGACCAACUGGGUGGUGAACUGUCAUUUUAACUUAUGGUUGUUUCCCUUGCCACUGUAAAAUUUCUGCUUAGGAUUCAGUCCAGCCUUGACAAUCUAACAAUGAAAUGGUUCACCGUCCCCUAGGACAAAGGACGGAGGAGGGUUGGCAGGACCCAACUGUCUUCUGGAGAUGGAGACGGAGCUCUCUACCCUGGUUCUACCUGGCUUUAGAACAAGUAUAUAUGUGAGAGGUCUCUAGAGUAGCAAAACUGUCUCAGUGCUGGCCAGGGGGCACAUGCCUGUCAUGAGGCAAGAGGUUCACUGUGAAUUCAAGGCCUGUGUGGGCUACAUAACAAGACCUUGUCUCAAAACACCAACAUGUGGCUUAGGCCAAAGUCUCUGUAAGUUGUAAUUCUGUAGGUUUUGUCAGCUGUAUUUCAGCAAUCUCUGUGUCACAGUUCUGAGUUGACUGAUAGCAAACAUGGCCUGUGCUGCCUUGUGGUAGAACGGUGCAUAAGUACACCAAAGGGAUCAGAUUCCUUUUGGCAAGGGAUUUCAGAUGGAUUUUUCAACACCAGUCACGGACAAGUCAGGUUGUCUGAUACCACGCGCUUAGACUGUGUGAGGGCCCGUGAACAGUCUCCAGCACCUUCGCUUUGAGGGAAUGGGAGACAGUAAAAUCUCUUCCCUCGAGAAGUGACUAGUCUGCUGUGUCCUGCAAGUCUACCAAAGAUGCUUGUGUGAAGAGUUUAUCAGUGUCUGUAUAUGCAAACAUGCAUCAUCAUCCUGCUUUCUUUGUGGUGGUAACUCCAGCCCUUCCAGUUAAUCAUCUAAAGAGGGCUGGGAAGGGACCACAGGCAGCUGGCACAAGCAACUCCUUUCCCUUUGCCAAAACCUCCAAAGUUAGAACUGGAGUUGCUUGCAUCUGUGGUGAGGGGAUUGACCAGCCAUUGCUUCAGCCCCCCCCCCCAAGUAAGUACCUUCUUGCGGGUGGCAGUGGGAGGACACUGGUGACCUGCACCACAGAGCCUGCAAGACAUUGUUUUGAAUGGAACAUUUGAUGUCAUUUUUAGGGAACAGAAACCAAAUAACCAAGGCCAAGGACCAUGCGUGUUUCGAGGAGGGAAGGUGAGCACCCUUUGCUGGCAGUAUUUGGAAUUGACUGAGUGAGAAGCGCUAAGCAGCCUGGAAGGAGUGCUGAGGUCAGCAGGCCUUGGAAUCCUUAGCAUUCAAACAAUCUUGGAGGGAAACCAGAAGGUCAUUCCUAGCAGUUAUUGUAAUACCUCUGAUUGCAGGCUGUUGGAUUCUUGUUGUUCACUCUGGGUGUGAUUUAUCUUAUGUAUCUGACAGUUUUUAUGGAUAAUUGUUUGGGUUGUAAACUCCUAUACUCUUUAUUAAAAUGAACCUAAUUAAGAGAUGAA